AUGAUGCUGCUCUUGCUGCUGCUGCUGCUGCUGCCGCUGCUGCUCCUAGAGGCCUCCGGUGGGAUGCUGAGGGCCCGAUGCCCCUGGAGCUGGCACAGGGAUGAGGUUCACCCCCAGAAUUACUACAGGCCAGGAGACUACAUCAUUGCGACGGCCAUCUUUGCAAGGCCUGUCGAGUUCCUUCCACACACAUUCAGGAAGCCGGCCUCUAAUAAACACAAAAACUUCCUCUCCUACAGCACCAUCCAGGCUGUGGCCCAGGUCUUGGGUGUGGCUUUUGCCUCCACAUUCCAGAAGAUGAGGAUCGAGGAUGGACACCGGCCAGAUGUGAAAAGCCUUCAGUCAUGGCAGCUGCACCCCUUCCUGAGAAGCUCCCAGUUUCACAAUCAUUCCAUGGAUGGUGUGUAUUUGGAUGAGAAGGGGGACCUAACAGCUGAAUUGGACAUUUUCAACUGGGUGAAGUUUCCCAACACCUCUAUUGCAAAAGUCAAAGUUGGAAGUAUACAAAGACAGGGAAUGUCUGGACGCAAGUGCACCAUUGACCAAGACGCCAUCGUGUGGCCCAAAUGGCUCAACCAGACCCUGCCCAAGGGCAGGUGUGUGGAGAGCUGCCGCACGGGAUUCUACAAAGUGGUUCAGGAAGGAAAGCCCAUUUGCUGCUAUGACUGCGCUCCCUGCCCAGAAGGGACCAUCUCCACUCUGGAAGAUGCCGACCAUUGUGCCAUGUGCCCAGAUGAUCAGCAUCCAAACAAGAACCGAACUCAAUGUACCCCUAAGGUGAUCACCUUCCUGUCCUAUGAAGGAGCUCUUGGGAUCUCCCUUGCUUCCAUGGCCCUCAUACUCUCCCUAUUCACUGGCCUUGUGUUAGGAAUCUUUAUUAAAUUCCGAGAAACCCCAGUGGUCAAAGCCAACAACCGAGACCUCUCCUACAUUCUUCUGGUCGCCCUCCUGCUUUCCUUCUUGUCCUCCAUCCUCUUCAUUGGCCAGCCCAGCAAGGUCACCUGCCUCCUGCGACAAACAGCCUUCAGCAUCAUCUUCUCAGUUGCCAUCUCUUCUCUCCUAGCUAAAACAAUCACCGUGGUCUUGGCUUUUUUGGCCACCAAGCCAGGCAACAGGGCCAGAAAGUGGUUGGGGAAGCCUUUGGCCAACUCCAUCGUCAUUGUGUAUUCCAGCAUCCAAGCAGUCAUCUGCUUCAUCUGGCUGGUAAUCUCUCCUCCCUUUCCUGACUCAGACAUGCACUCCCAGCCUGGACACAUCAUUCUGCAGUGCAAUGAGGGGUCUGUGGCCAUGUUCUACACAGUCCUUGGCUACAUGGGCUUCCUGGCUGCUAUCUGCUUCAUGGUGGCUUUCCUCGCUAGGAAGCUGCCUGGGGCCUUCAAUGAGGCCAGGCUGAUCACCUUCAGCAUGUUGGUCUUCUGCAGUGUCUGGGUAUCUUUUGUGCCCACCUACCUGAGCACCAAAGGGAAGUACAUGGUGGCCGUGCAGGUCUUCUCCAUCCUGGCCUCCAGCACUGGGCUGCUGGGCUGCAUCUUUCUUCCCAAAUGCUACAUUAUCGCAUGGAUGCCUGAACUGAACAUAAAGGGACAUCUCUUGACGAAAUCUCAUGUUGAAGUAUGA